GUAUACAUAUAUUAUAGAAAUAUUGUUAGUAAAUUAUUUCGGUGCUUUUCCAUUGUGAAUGUCCCUAAUUUUGACAGUUUGUCUAUGCACGACUCUUUCAUUGCCGCAAUUUGACAUAGCUCCUGACGUUUUUACAUAAUAUUCUUCCCAAAGGGUCGGAGUUUACCACAUAUACGAUGUCAUUAACGCAAGUUGUUCGUAGCUGCAGCCGUUUUGCUGCAAAAUCACUGCGUGUAACUGCCGCAGUGUCGUCCACUGCCCAGCCACAAAUGCGUUUGAUGCACAGGAUUAGCAGCAAUUCACCUGCCGUAAGCGCUUUGCUAAAUCAGAACUAUUCUGCAUGGCAAUCACAAUUUGUGCGAAACUAUUCUGCAAAGCCGCCACUUACUCUUAAAUUAAUAGGAGAACGCGUCUUGCUCGUACUGAAACUGUAUGACAAGAUCGACCCCAGCAAGCUCAGCGUUGACUCGCAUUUCAUUAAUGAUCUUGGUCUCGACUCAUUGGAUCAUGUGGAAGUUAUAAUGGCCAUGGAAGAUGAGUUCGGUUUUGAAAUUCCCGAUUCAGAUGCGGAAAAAUUACUGAAACCUGCUGACAUCAUUAAAUAUGUUGCAGACAAGGAGGACAUAUACGAUUAAGCCGUUAAAAUGAUUAGUUCUAUAAAUGAUAGUAAUGCACGCAAGUGAAAUGUAAUUUGUUUAAACACAUGAAAUGAGUGUAAUUUACAUUUACUGUUAAACCAAAUACAAACAAAAAACCUAAGAAUA